AUGGGACAUGCCCAUUCCCAUGAUAUAAAGCUUCAUCGAAAAUAUGGUGAUACCGUUCGCAUUGGGCCAAAUGCCGUAUCUAUAGGCAGUGCUACUGCUACAAAAGCUGUUUAUGGUAUAGGCGCCGGUCUUCGAAAAUCCGAUCUUUACCCAGUUCAAUACAGCUAUUCCAACGGGAAACUCAUUCCUGGAAUAUUCACUACUACCGACGAACGACUGAACAAAGAUAUGAAACGCCCAGUGUCUAACCUGUAUUCGCUGUCCAAUGUUCUUCACCAUGAAGGCCUCGUUGAUCAUACCAUAGAAUUGUUCAUCUCUGAGCUCAAGAGGAAGUUUGCAGACACCGACUCAGCGUGCAAUAUUGACGAUUGGUUGCAUUUCUUUGCGUUUGAUGUGAUGAGUGAAGUGACCUUUGCCCGUCGAAUCGGAUUCAUCGAAAGAGGCACUGACGUUGACGGCACUAUUGCCGGCAUAUGGAAAAGAUUUCGAUAUUUCGGAAUUGUAGGACAGAUGCCCUGGCUAGAUAAGCUGUGGGAUAAGAGUCCACUCAUCAAUGCUUUGCUUCCGGCCAAGUCAUCAGCAAUUGUGACGUUCACCUUCAUGCAAAUAAAAAAGCGGAUCGAGGACUUCAAGAAUACCACUGAGGGGCCCAUUGAGAAGAACAGCGGACAGCCAAUUGACUUCUUUUCGCAGUUUCUGAAAGCCAAGUUCAAUCAUCCAGAAAUACCGGAUUGGUACCUCACAUCCUGGACAACGUCAAAUAUGCUUGCUGGAAGUGACUCAACAGCUGUAUAUCUCCGGUCCAUUAUCUAUUACCUCUUAAAAAAUCCCAAAAGCUAUCGCAAAGUUUUGGAAGAAUUAUCAGAUCAUGAAAACACAGGAAAGAUUUCGAAAGUUAUUACAUGGGCCGAAGCGAAGUCCUUGAAUUAUCUUGACGCUUGUAUCAAAGAAGCUGGCCGUCUUCAUCCAGUCGUUGGACAGCAAUUCGAGAGGGUAGCCCCUAUAGGAGGAAUCACCGUCAACGGUCAUUUCAUACCUGAAGGCACUGUAGUCGGCAUCAACCCAUGGGUUUCGCACCGUGACAAAACAGUUUUCGGCGACGAUGCGGAAGCAUGGAAUCCAGACAGAUGGCUGGUCGAAAAAUCGGAACAACAUCGCAUGGAAAGUUCAAUGCUUGUAUAUUUCUCGUCGAAGGGGUUUGGCAUUUUGGCUGUUGACCUCCUGGGAUACGGAGACACUGAUAAACCUUUGUCUGCGUCAGAAUACAAGACGAAGAAGAUAGCUACCGAGAUUAUUGAGAUACUGAACCUGGAAAACAUCAGAAAAGUCCACGGAGUUGCUCACGAUUUCGGUUCCCUGCUUUUAUCGCGAAUUGCCAAUUACUACCCAGACAGACUCUACACUACAACUUUUCUCGCCGUGCCGUAUUCCUUGCCGGGUCAAAAGUUCGACCUGGCAAAAGUGAAUGCUCUCACCAAACAGGUUGCAGGGUUCGAAAGGAACCGAAUCAAAAAUUACGACUAUGAUGACGAGAUCACGGCCGAGCUGGACCCAACACUGUCUCUCCCAACAUUGGUAAUACAAGGGAGUGAGGAUAAGAUUGCUGUUUCUCAGCUUUUGGAUUUUGUGAGAAGCUAUAUCCCACAUUUGAGAAGCCGGCCUGUGCCCACUGGACAUUGGGUGCAUCUCGAGGCCAAGGACACGGUAAAUCAGUAUCUGGAGGAGUUCUUUUCCGAAUGUCAAGCCAGUAUCUAG